UACUAUUAGACCAUCCCAUUAUGUUUUCCUCUUAAUAUCAUUUAUUUUAGCCGUAUGGAAUUUUUUCUGAGUUUGAUGGCUUCGAUCUAAUGAUUUCGAUGGGAUAGACAAUUAUAAAUGCACGAAUCUGGAGAUAUCAAGGACGGUGGAAUCCGUUCCGUGAUUUUUGCCGGAUCCAUAUCCUUUUUUAUAAUUGUGAUUUCGUUCGGAAUAACGGCAUAUAUUCAGUUUCAUGAUAUUUCGUUACUGAAGAACCGAGUUAGAACACUUGAAGAAACAUGUUUACCAGGGUCGUCUCACACCUCUCACAGAUCGUCGAGAUCCAUUCCAGAUUCAAAUUUAGACAUAAAGCUGUCAUCAAACGAGUUAGCAAAGUAUAUAGCAAAUGUUACUAAAUUAAGAGACAAAUUGAAGGAAGUCAAGAAACGGUCUACAAGUCCCGGAGAUUUAGAGUGGGCAAUACAAGCUAUUAUUGAUGCUCAGGCUGACGUUGUCCAUACGUAUUGUACAACGAAAAUGUGUUUACCAGGUCCUAAAGGUCCCAUUGGUCCGGAAGGUCCUCAAGGAAAACCAGGUACCGGAGGAGCAACACCAGGACCGAAGGGAGAUCCUGGAAAAACAGGAGCGGAUGGGAAACCUGGUUUACCAGGAAUAAAAGGUGAUCCCGGUGCGGAUGGAAAGGUUGGAUCGGUAGGGCCAGCAGGGAAACCAGGAUCACCGGGUAAAGAUGGAAUAGCCGGACCUAAAGGACCAUUAGGACCACCAGGAUUACUUGGUCCACAGGGACCUAGUGGCAAAAAUGGUAUGCCUGGAAUGAGAGGAUUAACUGGCAGGCCAGGAAAGUCAGGACAACCAGGUAAAGAUGGACAACCAGGACCAAUUGGACCUCCCGGACCGCCAGGACCUAAGGGUAUGCCCGGUAUGAGAGGACUAACAGGGAGACCAGGAAAGCCUGGAAAAGAUGGAUUAUCUGGACCGCAAGGUCCACCUGGAAAAGAUGGACCUGCUGGUCUUAAAGGAAGACCAGGAAUGAGAGGACUUACGGGUCGUCCAGGAAAGCCAGGUGUUCCAGGAGACGCAUCUAACGCUGCUAGUCAACCAGGACUUGCUGGACCACCAGGACCACCAGGACCAAUGGGACCUGCAGGAACUGUGGGGUCUCCUGGGCCUGCUGGACCCAAAGGAGUAGAUGGAAGACCAGGCAUGCGUGGUUUAACAGGUCGUCCGGGCGUUGGAAAACAGGGACUUCCAGGAAAAGACGGUACUCCCGGAAGACCAGGAAUGCGUGGUUUAACAGGUCGCCCAGGUGUGGGAAAGCCAGGAGCACCUGGUAGUCCUGGACCGGAAGGACAAAGAGGAUGGAGAGGUUGGCGUGGUUUCACAGGGGAAGCUGGAAAACCAGGAGCAGUUGGAAAACCUGGACCACUAGGACCAUUUGGAAAACCUGGACCACAAGGGCCGCAUGGGAAACCUGGACCACAAGGGCCGCAUGGGAAACCUGGACCACUAGGACCUUUUGGAAAACCUGGACCACAAGGGCUACCUGGGAAACCGGGAUUUAAUGGAGCACAAGGACCAAAAGGUUCACCAGGCGCACCAGGCGCAAAUGGGUUACAAGGACCAAAAGGUUCACUGGGUUCACCAGGCGCACCAGGCGCAAAUGGGUUACAAGGACCAAAAGGAGAGAGAGGACCAAUGGGACCAGAAGGGCCACAGGGUAUGUUAGGUCCACUUGGUCCUAGGGGAUCGCCAGGUAUAGGAAAAACGACAAGUGGAAAAGUUGUUAGAGGACCACCAGGACCACCUGGACCACAAGGGCCACGAGGUACAAUUGGACCAGAGGGAACUCCUGGAAUGAAUGGUUCACCUGGACCGCAAGGACAGUCUGGUCAAAAGGGUGAACCUGGACCAGCAGGUUCACCUGGCAGUCCGGGCCAACAAGGAAUGAAAGGAGCACAUGGACCACAAGGCCUACGGGGAGUUACAGGACCUCAAGGAGAAAUAGGACAUUCUGGACCAAUGGGUCAUCCAGGUCCAAUGGGUUACACUGGUCAACCUGGCAAACAAGGACCACCUGGAUCACCAGGAUCUCAAAGCACAGCUACGAACCAUACUAAUAAUUUCGUUCAAGGUCCACCAGGACCACCAGGACCUAUUGGCCUUCCAGGAAAAGCCGGUCAACCAGGUGUGAUUGGACCAAUUGGACCACGUGGUCAUCCAGGCGAACCAGGACCAUUAGGGCCACCAGGAACUGCUGGUAACGAUGGAAUUCCGGGUCUUAAAGGUGAAAACGGCAUUCCAGGUCAACCAGGUCAAAUCGGGCCCGAGGGCCCAGCUGGUCCACCUGGAGCUGGAAAAUCGGGACCACAAGAUAUCGUUCAAGGGGCACCGGGACCACCAGGAGCUUCAGGUCCACCGGGUCCAAAAGGUGACAAAGGGGAUAUGGGCUUACGAGGACCUCAAGGUUAUGGAGGAAAGCCUGGACUAAUGGGUCCUAAAGGUGCCUAUGGGAUGAGAGGACCAGGUGGCAGAAUGGGACCAAUAGGACCUCCAGGAAGAAUAGGUGCACCAGGUGCUUGCUGUGGAGUGGGAAUGGAAAGCAACACACUACAGAAUCAACAAACAGUCAAUCAGAAUAUGAACCAAAUGGCACGACCAGAAAACUACAACCAGAUGCAACAACAGCCACCGACAUCUAAACCUUCAUCCAUUUUGACGAACUUUAAUUCAUUGGCGAAAGUUUACUUUGACAACAAUGGCGAAACAUCUCCGAAAGACAAUCAUACAGAACUUACUUCUGCAUAUAGACCUUAUUUACCUCCAGUGACAAUUUCUCCUUUUACUUCUUACCAGAACACGAAACCGCCCGAAAGGAAAAACUUGAAUUACGUUCGCUCCCCGUCUAUUACAAAUUUUGCAGGGCUUAAUUCUGAAAUAAAAAAGAAAAAGUACCAGUAUGCAAAUCUAUAUCGUAAAUCAAAACCUAAAACACCUGCUUUACGUGAAAGAUACACAGCACAAAACUCUCAUGCUAAACACUGGAGCUCUUUCGUUCCCUAUCGUGCAAUGCCAAAAUAUACUAAUCACGCAUAUCAAAUGAAAUGGGGUCCAUACAGAUUAACUCCUAAGACAACUUUAGUGGCUAAUAUAACAACUACAACACCCUCAGGAGCUGCUGAAGAAGCGGAAGUUGAAGCUUAAAUUGCUGUUGAAUGUUAAAUAUAAUCUUGAUCCGUAGCUAGCAAUUUGAAAAAUUCAAAAAGUAGGCUAGUGUGCUUCAACCCUUUCCCUUUUAUCGCGCCAAGGAUAUAUAUGUCCUGUAUAUUCGGGUCGUGCUUAGGACAUUUAUGUCCAUAGUUAAAAAAUUGCAAUGUACUUUCCCAACAAGCUCAUUUUAAGGAUUAGGGUUAUUAGAUCGAUAGUCUAAUGUUGGGCAUUUGCGUUUAGGACUCCACUCUUAAACAAAGUAUUGCAAAAUCAUAUGACUAUGGUAUAUAUAUAUAAACAGGAUUCUUCAAUGUAUUAUGAUUACUCUACAGGUUGUUGAGUGUAAAGAUGGUGUGGUCAGAAUCAUUAUCUGGCCCCUGCAUUUGCAAACAAAUUGAUAUUCUCUCAAAAUAGUAUUUAUUGAUAAAACAAUAGGACGGAAUUGACUUGACAAUUUAGUACAGACAUGUCAAUUGUGGUGUUGGCAAAAAGACAAACAUGCCUAAAUAAGCCUUUAAUCUUUUCCCAUUAUAUUUUGUUUUACCUCAAAAGUGUAGUCAAAACCAGAAAUGAUCGUACAAUGAUGCGUUUAAUUCCGCAGAAUCCCCUGAAUCGACAUACAAUUGAUUAUGAUAAUAGCAUUGAUAUGUAAACCUUGCGUUUUUUUCUUUUAUAAACUGGCAAGAACAAAGUUGGUAAACUGAAAGGACUAUACAUAGUCUUUUAAUGGCUGACACAUGUUCAUGUGGUAGUCAAAUACCAUGAGAAAUAAUUGAAAUUAGGAAAAUGAAAUUUCUACACUAUCAAAAAAACUUAAAUGAGAACGGUGACAUUUUUAAGGAUGACAACAAAUGAAUUUCAAAAUUAUUUAACAAAAAAGCUGAAUGUUUCUCUAUAUGAAAUUAUGUUGAAAAUUUUAACAAAAAGUUAGAGUUGCAAUAAAAAAUUACAAGUAGAAAAAAGUAGGGCAGUAUUUCAAUCAGUGGCGAUCCUUACUUUAAACUAAAGUUGAUAAUAUAUGAGGGUGGAUUCGGGGUCCUUUAAUUCUGUUUUCUUUAAUCUUUUAAGACACUUUUCUCUAUUCUUUAUAAUUUUUGCUCAUUAUUCUCUAUUCUUUAUAUCAGCUCCACUAACAAAAUUAUAGUAGUGUACUGUUUUGAUUUUCUUUAAAUGCUGACCAUAUAUUAAGGAAUUUUGUGUGCAUAAAACAUCAAUGUUCAGCUACAAUCAUCAUAUCUACAUAUUCUGAUAUAUUGUAUGAUGAAAAAAAUAUUUCGGGUUUUAUUUAUUGGGUUUUAUAUUCAAAAUCGUAUAAAAAGGGUGCUUUAUGUAUAACUACAUU